AUGCAAUUCAACUCUGAAUUAAUUAUCAAUAAACUUCAAGAAGAGGAGGUUGAAUUUACAAGAGAACUUAAUAAAUUAAGAAAGCAACAUGAUGAAAAGGUUGAUAAAUUAAUAAAACAACAUGAAGAAAAGAUGAAAGACUUAAUUCGAAAUUUUUCAAAAGAUGAUACGAUAAUAAUUCCUAAACAAGAGGAAUCUGAUAUGUCAUCUUUGAUAAUUGAAAAUGAUAAAGCACCAGAGGAUAAAUCAAAUAUAUCAGUUAUAGAUUUAGAAAAGAGCUUGGAAAUCUUGUGUAUCAACAAUACACCUAUUUCGGUUCAAUCUACAUCAAAUUUAAAUUCGUAUCACGAUCUUGAUCCUGAUUUGUAUGAUUACAACGGAAUAUUAACAUAUUCUCCGUCAGUUGAUACCAAAACAGUUUCGAAUAUUCUAACGGAUUUCACAAUAAUUGAUGAUGAUGUUACAUCAAUUUCUCAAGCAAGUCCCACGAGAUACAAUGCUCUUCCACCAAGAACGGAACCAAUUAAUGAUAAUAAAAUGCCAAAUUAUCAACGAAUGUCGAUUCCUGAGUUAAAG